CCGACAUUUCUUGCGCUACCUUGUACUAUAAACCACCUCUGCUUUCCAACCGCGACACCUCACUAUUUGAACCUUUGUUUUCUUACCCCCCUUUGUUAUGCCACCAGCAGGGCCCAGCCGUGAAGGCGCGUUCAAGAAGGAUGAGUACGUCGUGAUCAGGAAGGCAACGAUCAAAUGGGGCCGUCAGGGCUCUAAGCACGUACCUGUGCUCAGUGACUUGAGGACACAAUUACAUCCGUCGAUGCGCGCCGCUAGGAUCUUGGGGGACGAGACUUACAAGAUCGUUGUCGUCUCUUUCAAGAUUCGCAAUAACAAGGAUUCCUACCGCGAUGGGGAUGUUCGGUCUCGAGACAUUCCGAAGAUCAUGGAGCAUGUCGUGCACGAAGGUAUACAACAAGAUGGCCACAGGUAUACCUUCUUAGGCUACACCGAAUCUCAACUAAAAGCCACUCAGUUCAUGAUGUUCGAAGGCGACAAAGCAGCUACCCAAAAGCUCUUGCGUACGUUUGGAAAGCUGGACGCUGUCUACCAGAAGUCAGGGUAUGGGAAGUAUGCCGCGCGACUUGGCCUGUCUUUUUCCUCCACGGCAGUCGGACUGGAUGCCCCUCACAGCCGUGUCACCGAGAUACCUGACCUUGUAGCCCGAGACGGUACUCUCAUGUCUGAUGGUUGCGGUGUUAUUCGAGAUUCCGUUUUGGCCAUUAUAUGUGCUAACAGAGGCAUUCGACGGGACACGCACUGUAUCCAGAUUCGUUGGAACGGUCACAAAGGCAUGCUCGUUGGCUACCCCGACGCCUUCUGUACAGAUGUGCUUCAUAUGGGCGAGAAUUGGAUCGCAGUCCGUCCUUCGAUGAAGAAAUAUGACGGCCGACUGACCUCGCUAGAGAUCAACGCUGUAUCGCACCCUGCGGGUUCGGCCAGGCUCAACAAAAUGUACAUUCUGUUGCUCCUGACAGCAGGGAUCCCUGCCGCAACGAUCCACGAGCUACUCAACGAGCAAUUGGAGAAGCUCGAUUUGUUCAUGACCGAUCGUGAUAAGGCCAUUGAGAUUUUGGAAGGCACGGACUCUGCGCAGCUCGACGCGGACGGCGAGGGCUUCAAUCAAGAAUUAUUCGAGGGGCUUCUGGCUUCGCAUGAUCUCAGCGAGCCGUACGUCAAAUGGUUGAUGCUGAAGUAUCAAAAAUUACGGUACAGGAGGCUGAGAGAAAAGAUCUGCAUCGAUGUUAAGUUAUCUUGGUUGCUGUUUGGAAUUGUGGACGAAUCUCGGACGCUCAAGCCAGAUGAAGUCUACAUACAUAUGCCCCAUCGAGAUGGCGUUAUCAUCGGUUGGGUCGUAGUCUGCAGGACUCCUGCUUACGCUCCUGGAGACAUGAGAGUGUUCAAGGCGGUCAGCAAGCCUGAGUUGCUGCAUCAUACGAAUUGCAUCGUGUUCUCCGGACAUGAGAGCUGUCCACGCUCUGUCACAGACAUGAUCAGCGGCGGUGAUCUCGAUGGCGAUAAGUUCUGGGUUUGCUCUGACCCUCGCCUGGUCCCCAAACGAUCAAACAUAUUCCCGCCUUCCCAGCGUGCUUCUCCGGCUGCGGCUGUAUCCUCUCGAAAAAACAGCCUCAAAGACAUGCCUCAGGCCUCCAUUGAUACCUUCGUCAUUCAACAUGGGACAUCGCUGCUAGGCCAGAUCAGCAGGAAAUGGACGGCGCACACGGCCAACCAUCCAGACCUUGCUGCAUCUGAAGAGUCAAGGAAGCUCGCAUCGUGCUUUGAGGCUGCCGUCGAUCUAACGAAGACGGGCGAAAACCAGCAACAGAUCCAGGAAGACGUGAAUAACAUCAAGACUUUGCAUGACCCGGUCGACAUUUCAGAGGCACGCCCGAAAAAUCCCCUUCAAGCUCUGGUGUCUGAUAUCCCUGAUUCGACAUUGGGAGAAAUGGAGCACUGGAGGCCCGACCCAGCGCUAAUACUGGAAGAUACCAAUCCUCAGAGAUAUCGAGAACAUCUUAAGGAGGGCGAGAAGGUUAUGCCAAAGUACAAUGGCGAGUUAUCGGCUGCGAUCAAGCUUGAUGACCAGGAGGAUGCAAACACCGAUUUAGACGAUGACUCAACCCCUGAACCGUCGUCCCCGAGCUCGAGUCAGCGAUCAAAGUCUGAGCCGAAAAGGUCAGAGUUGGUGAAGCAAUCCUAUAUCGAUAAGUACUUUAGUGGUCGCACUCCUGCCGAACAUGCAGACGAACGGCUUCGAGCGUCCGCAUGGUAUGCAGUGGGCUACAAGCACAAGAAGAAAGGCUUCGCCUGGUUGGGAGCACGCCAGCUAAACGCGAUCAAAGCUGAGGCCAAUUAUGGCGGGAAAAUACCACUCGUAGUCGGUAGACGCGCCACGCCACUGAGUCAAACAUCUUCGGACUUUUCGUCUUCAUCGACACUAGUCGCUCCACUGGAUGCUACCUCGACCCAACGCUCGACAUUCUCGACACCCUCCUCUUCACAGAACUCGAUAGACGCGGACGUGGAUUCUGAGCCUUCGCCUUCACCUUCACCUUCACCGUCACCCCCAACUCGUCCAAUGACGCGCUCACGAGCGAUCCGUCCUCCGCCUCUCCCGCGUCCAAUCUCCCAAUCCUCGUCUUCUACCAAUGUUGCCUCAGACCCGAACCCAGACCCGCCCACAGAUUCCGACUCCGAUUCUUCGAGUGGCGACACUGACUUUUACUCCUACCACUCUCAAUCUACGGUUGCCGACGACGAAGUUCUUCCCAUCCUCCCAAAAUCCGAAGACGACCUCCCCGGUUCAAGUCAAGGCUUGGAUUUCAGUCUUCGGACAGCGGAGCUCCCCCGCCACCCUGUCGCCACCGAAGUUCCCCCUUGUCGCUCGGGCCACUCAAUAGGCUCUCACGAAUGGCGCGUUAUGCAAGGAGCGACUCGGAGUUGGAGGAGGUAUACGUGCAAGAAGUGUGCGUGUAUCGUGAAGGAGACUAAGUCGAAAGCAAGCGGAUUGUGGGAUCCGGCUGGGUCGUCGUUCGAUACGGGAGCAGUACCCGUGCAAAUGACUGUUCGACGGGCUGAGAGCCCACCUACUGGUCCAGUGACUCGAGCUGGAGGUACGAGGGGUAGGCCAAGAACGAGGGCUCAGGAUGUGAUGAGUCCUUCAAGCGGCACAGUUACGGUCGUCCAAUCCACUCAACCUCGUGGUCGCGGUCAAGCUCUUAGGGGGGACGCAUCCUCCGCUACGCUUGCUACAUCAGAGCCCCUCUCUGUGGUCCUCGUUGUCGACCAGCCGAAACCAUCCUUACCUGUCGCCACACCCAACCUUGACACUUGCCAGGGUAAACCCGGGGUGCAACACAAGUGGAAGUCUGGUGGUGCGAACGGCUUCUCGAGGAAGUAUGUAUGUGAGAUGUGUCAGAUGAAGGUGGAGGAGAAGAAGAAAGAUGGCAGGUGGAUCAGUUUUGAUGUGAUCAGGCGUUAGGCUGCUUACAAUGCCAACAUUUUCUCUUCGAGUCGUGCGUGUACGAUCUGCCAUGCCGCCAUGUUUCUAUCCCUUUCCUCGGUUCUAUUCUCAUUUCUACUCUCGGUUUUCUUUUCUGUCCUGCGGUUUAUCGUCUCUUCUGGAUUGUAUUAUGCUAUGUGAGUUUCCUGCCGAAUGCCCCGAGGUUCGAUACCGGGAGCUGACGCUCUACUAUACCGUCCCCUUUUCACACUUUUUCUUCAUCGCGCUACCUCAUUUAUGCUUCACCCCUGCCUUCCACACCACUCGCGUCUCUAUUUCCUGGAUCAUCGUCACCCCAUGCUCCCGUUCCAUGUUCACCCGCCUUUUUCAAUUCAUCGCCUGUCAAUGAUUCUGCCUACCUCGCCACAUGCACCCUCUGUCUUUUAUCCUCUAUCAGUUUCACUGGUUGUUACUUCACAUGCGACACCCUACUUCGUACCUCCCAACACCGCGCUCUCCUCUCACCUCCUCGCACCCCGCCUUACCUCACCUCUACCUUGUACCGACUUUACC